AUGCCUCCUCCGGGCCAGGCCCUGGUGGCCUUUGUGACCCAGACCCUCCAGGGCCGAGAGGAGGCCACCUCCCCCACCGCCGCCAACGCGGGCCGGCUUUCCCAGGUCCAGGCAGUGUGUGGGGAAGAUUGCCUUGAGGGCUCCCACCCCAGUUUGGACCCUGUGGAUCCUGAAGACCCAGCCAUCACAGCAGAGGUGACAGAGGCGGUGCGGGCCGUGCGGGAGCCCCCCCUGCAGGCCCUGCAGCGCGCGGGGCGGCGCGUGCAUCAAGGAAGCCCCGGGCUCUGCGGCCACGCGGCGGUCCCAGGAGACCUCGGCUCCCCGAGAGUGAAGCGAGAGAAGAGCCAGGCCGGAGCAGGGCGGGACCCUGCGAGGUUGCCGACGGACCUCGGACGGGUCUCGGCCCCUCACCUCCCUGCACGAACGGCGACCGCGGGCGGACGGACGGGGGUGCGGGGCAAGGACCGGAUCGCUUGCUUCCAGCCCCUUCCCGGGGACCCGCGCCCCCAAGGGGCAGACGACAUCUCGGGAAGGACCGACGCGCGGCCGCCGGGGCUCCGAGUUGCCAAACCCAAGCACCAGGUCCGCCGCACUAACCGUGACAUCGUCAGCUGCAAGAGUGGGGUGUGUCACAGCAUGAGGGCCAAGUUUUACAGUGUGGCACAGGAGGCCGGCUUCUGCCUGCAGGACAAGAUGGAAAUCUUCAUGAAGCGUCAAGAAGAGAGGGGUCUCCAGAAGUUCCAUUCUUUUGUCCUUGUCUCGAAUAUUCAAAAGGACUUAGCAAAAAUGAGACAUCAGGUCUCUGUAGGAAAAGGAGAUGCAGAAGAAAUGGCAGACCACUGGUACUUUGAUCUGCUGUCCAAACUCCCCGAGGAUCUGAAGAACUUCCGCCCCACCAAAAAGAUCCUGGCAAAACUGCAGAAGUUUGGGGAAAACCUGGACCUGAGGAUCCGGCCCCACGUCCUCCUGAAGGUACUACACGAUCUGAGGACCUGGGAACUGUGCUCCCCUGACAUCGCUGUGGCUAUUGAGUUUGUGCGAGAACACAUCAUCCAUAUGCCUCAAGAGGAUUACAUCAACUGGCUGCAGAACCGGAUCAACAUCCCCAUUUGGCCCUCCAGCGCCCUGACGUAGUCUGUGCCUGGGUCGACCAGCUGUCCCCUUAGAGGAGGGCUAGCCAACUGUGUUCCUGUGUCAGAUCUGUGUUCCUGUUUCCUGCCUACUCCCAUGGACACUCAUUAUGAUACAAUAGGGUCAUCAGGAGGCUGCCUUCUGACAACCUUCUAGAGGGAGACUGAGUCCCCCCUCAAUUUCACACCCCAGCCCCAACCUCCCAGUCUCUGUUGUUCAUUGCUCCAGCCUGACUCUACCUACUUCCUCUCC